AUGGUCGCCGAGACAAAGCUAUACGAUUCGCUAGGCAUCGCGCCCACGGCGACACCCGACGAGAUCAAGAAGGCCUACCGCAAAGCCGCUCUGAAAUACCACCCCGACAAGAACAAGGACAACCCUCAAGCCUCGGAAAAGUUCAAGGAGGUCUCGCAAGCCUACGAAAUCCUCUCCGAUGCCGACAAGCGCAAGACCUAUGAUCAAUUCGGUCUCGAGUUCCUUCUAAGAGGUGGUGCUCCNCCGCCGGAUGAUGCNUGGCGGCGCUGGUGGCUUUGGUGGUAUGCCUGGGGGCUUCGGAGGCUUCCUGGAGCAGCGGGAGGGCCUGGAGGUACAAAGUUCCAUUUCUCGACGAGUGGAGGUGGCAUGCCUGGUGGCUUCUCCUUCAGCAACCCCGAGAGCAUCUUUUCUGAAUUCCUCAGAGGUGGUGCUGGAGGUAUNGGGAGGUGGUGGCAUGGGGGAGACGAAGACGACUUCUUCUCGUCCUUCGGCAGUGCUAGUGGCAUGCCCGGCGGCUUUGGAGGCUCAUUCGGUGGCCGCCCUGGCGCAGGCGCUCGUGCCCGUCCUAGCAUGAAUGGCGGCAUGCCCAGACGUCAACAAACACCCGAAGUCACCGUUGUGGAAAAGCCACUGCCCGUCUCUCUCGAGGACUUGUUCACUGGCUGCACCAAGAAGAUGAAGAUUAAGAGAAAGACAUUCGACGAGCAGACCGGCAAGCAGUCGGUACAAGAUCGCAUCCUCGAGGUUCCGAUCAANAAAGGCCUCAAGCCCGGCAGCAAGAUCAAGUUUGCUGGAGUGGGAGACCAGGUCGAGGGAGGAGUGCAAGACUUGCACUUUAUCCUUGAAGAGAAAGAACACCCUCUCUACAAACGUGAAGCCGACGACAUUAUCCACAACGUUGAAAUCUCCCUAAAAGAAGCCUUGACCGGCUGGUCCAGAACCGUAAAGACCAUCGACGGCAAGCAGAUCGGUGUCAGCUCUGGCGGCCCCACACCACCAACCUACAAGGAUCGCUAUCCUAACCUAGGCAUGCCCAAGAGCAAGACACCAGAUCAACGAGGCGACUUUAUCGUCGGCGUCAAGAUUCAAUUCCCUACAAGUCUGACUCCUGCCCAGAAGAACCAGCUCAAGGAGAUUCUGUGA